CCCUCCAUUCUUAUUAGGUUUUUUAAGACACACCGUUUUGUUGUAGUUGAUGAGAGGCCUGUUUUGGACUCAUCCAAACAAGUCACAGUGUGAAAAACAGUUCUCGUAUAGGUUUUCUCCGAAUGUCACAAUGGCUUAGCGACGCCUUGCUCUGCUUUCUACCUCCACGCGUCUGUCACCGUUAUCAUUUCCUCCUUUCUUCACAAUGAGAUCAAAGCUUUAGUCUCUUCUUUCCUUUCUCAUUAUUUUAUUUUCACCAUUCUGCGGGAGCCAAAAAAAAAAAGUAAAAAAAAAAAAAAAGAGAAAGGAAAUAAGAGUACUAAAUUGAGAGACAUAAAUUUUCUUUUAAAAAAUUUGGUUUGUGAGAUCAGAGGCGAAAAUGGCACCACCCUUGUUCAAUUGGGGGGUGAAAGAGGGUCACAGGGGAACUCCAGUGGUGGUGAAGAUGGAGAACCCAAAUUGGUCGAUGGUUGAACUUGAGGGUCCUUCAGAGGAAGACUUGCUAAUCACCGACGCUUCGGGCAUUCCAAGAGACAAAGGAAGAGGAAAAAACGCGAAGCAACUAACAUGGGUUCUUCUCCUUAAAGCUCAUAGAGCCGCGGGUUGCUUAACCUCUCUCGCACCUGCAUUGUGGGGCCUAGUCUCCGCCGUGAAGCGCCGCGUGGCCUCCGGGAGAACCGACGCCGACACCGACACCGACGGAGGGAGGGAAAAGGAGAACCCCACCGUGAAAAGCAGGUUCUAUUCGUGCAUCAAAGCGUUUCUCUGGUUGUCAGUUUUCCUCUUGUGUUUCGAGGUUGCUGCGUAUUUCAAGGGUUGGCAUUUCGGUGGCGCGCGUCUUCAGUUGGAACAUUUGUUGUGGGUACCCGCUUUUGGGGUUAAGGAUUUCUUCGAUUGGCUUUACGCGCGGUGGGUUUUGAUUCGGGUGGAGUACCUCGCUCCUCCCCUGCAGUUUCUGACCAAUGCGUGUAUUGUGCUGUUUCUUAUUCAGAGUUUGGAUAGGCUUGUUCUGUGUUUGGGUUGUUUCUGGAUCCGGUUUAAGAAGAUCAAGCCUGUUCCAAAGGGUGGGGCUUUAGAUCUUGAAUCUGGAGAGAAGGGUUUUUUCCCCAUGGUGCUAGUGCAGAUCCCCAUGUGCAAUGAGAAAGAGGUUUAUCAGCAAUCUAUUGCUGCCGUGUCUAAUUUGGAUUGGCCAAAGUCCAAGUUGUUGAUUCAGGUUCUGGAUGAUUCGGAUGACCCUACUACGCAGUUGCUGAUCAAGGAGGAAGUGCAAAAGUGGCAGCAAGAGGGUGCCAACAUUUUGUACCGACACCGUGUGAUUAGAGAUGGGUACAAGGCCGGUAAUUUGAAAUCUGCCAUGAAUUGUAGCUAUGUCAAAGACUAUGAGUUCGUUGCAAUUUUUGAUGCCGAUUUUCAGCCUACCCCAGAUUUCCUUAAAAAAACGGUUCCUCAUUUUAAGGAUAAUGACGAAUUGGGGCUUGUUCAGGCAAGAUGGUCCUUUGUGAACAAGGAUGAGAACCUGCUUACAAGGUUGCAGAACAUUAAUCUGUCUUUCCAUUUUGAGGUCGAACAGCAAGUGAAUGGGAUUUUCAUCAAUUUCUUUGGGUUCAAUGGAACUGCUGGUGUGUGGAGAAUAAAGGCUUUAGAAGAUGCUGGUGGGUGGUUGGAGAGGACAACUGUUGAGGACAUGGAUAUUGCUGUUCGAGCUCAUCUUCAUGGCUGGAAAUUCAUUUUCCUCAAUGAUGUUGAGUGCCAGUGUGAGCUACCCGAAUCUUAUGAAGCUUACAGAAAACAGCAGCAUAGAUGGCAUUCUGGGCCAAUGCAAUUGUUCCGCCUUUGUUUGCCUGAUAUCAUACGGUCCAAGAUAAGCGUGUGGAAGAAAUUCAACAUGAUUUUUCUUUUCUUCCUUCUUAGAAAACUGAUAUUACCAUUCUAUUCAUUCACACUGUUUUGUAUAAUUCUGCCUAUGACAAUGUUCGUACCGGAAGCUGAGCUUCCAGCAUGGGUUGUUUGCUACAUCCCUGCUGCCAUGUCAUUUCUCAACAUUCUUCCAGCUCCAAAAGCCUUCCCCUUUAUUGUCCCUUAUCUCCUAUUUGAAAAUACCAUGUCGGUUACCAAAUUCAAUGCCAUGAUCUCUGGCCUAUUCCAGCUCGGGAGUGCAUACGAGUGGGUGGUCACUAAGAAAUCGGGUCGUUCCUCGGAGGGUGAUCUGGUUUCAUUGAUUGGAAAAGGACCAAAGCAUCAAAGAGGGUCAUCAGAACCUGAUCUGGAGGGAAUGAAAGAGGAACUUCGAAGGCAAGCGCAGCAGAAGGUGUCUAAGAAGAAGAAAAAGCAUAAUAGAAUAUAUGUGAAGGAGCUUUCUUUGGCCUUUCUACUUCUAACAGCCUCAGCAAGGAGUCUCCUCUCUGCUCAGGGGAUUCACUUUUACUUUCUGCUAUUCCAGGGCAUAUCAUUCCUUUUAGUUGGUCUAGACUUGAUUGGUGAACAAGUGGACUAAAACAAAAAAGAAUAAAAUUUGACUGGACUGUGUACUUUGUGGAGUUACAUGCACGGAAAAGCAAAAAGGGUGGAUAACCAGGCCUUGUGAAAUUACUGAAGACAUUUAUUGGGGGCACUGGAGAGUGUAGAGGACCCAGAGUGCUUCUUUUUCUUGCUCAUGCUCCUCCCUCCACCCUCGUAAAAUCAAAUCCACCCAAGACGAUUCUAUAUUUGUGUUAUUAUGGACCAAAGAGAAGGUUUUUUUCUUUUAAUUUGGAAAGGGGUACAAUUAAGGCCGGUUAGGGCGUUUCAUUCAAUGUGUAAGUUUAGCCUCUCUUUUUUUUUUUUCUCUCUCUUAUUUGAUUCAUUUUUGUAAUUUUAUGUGGAUUCUUUUCUUGCCGGAUCAACUCUUUUGUAAGAAAAUUUGUGGUUCAAACGUAAUUUAAACAUCCAUUGGGAUUUUCUUUUUUAAUUUCAUAGCAAUAGUAAUCAGGAACAACACUGUUUCUUGUCCUGUUUCUACCACCCUCCACCGCUUGGUGUGCGAGAAUGCAAAUUGAAUACUUGAAUUCGUUUUUGUCAACUUUCAUAAUGGUAGAGAAGUGGGUUUUGAUUUCCUGGGUCCCUACCUAAGAAUGUGAUACCC